UUUAUCAUCCCCCCUCGUUGAGAAGCCUAUAUAAAUCAAUCAAGACGAAAAUAUUUCUCUUUCUUUGAUUUGAUUUAAUCCUCUCUCUCUCUCUCUCUCUCUCUCUGUCUCUCUCAUCGUCGCUGAGAGCGGGAUCAGGCCUCAGAUCCCCUCUCGAGACGGCCAAAACCCUAAUUCCUCCCCCUCCUUGAUUUCAAGCGAUCGGUCAUGUCGGAUUCGGACUCGUCUUCUCACGGCGGGGCGGAGUACAAGACCUUUCGCCAGAUCACCAGAGAGCGAUUAUUAUAUGAAAUGCUUCGAUCAACCAAAUCAAAGAAAGACUCGAAGGCACCAUGGAAGGUACUCAUCAUGGACAAAGUUGCUUUGAGAAUCAUGUCAAGUUCGUGCAAGAUAUCUGACGUUACAGAUGAAGGAGUUUCAUUGAUGGAAGACCUUCACAAACGAAGGCAGCCGAUGCCCGCGAUGGAUGCAAUAUAUUUUAUGCAGCCUCUUAAGGAAAAUGUUGCUGUGUUCCUAUCUGACAUGUCCGGGAAACGUCCUUUGUAUAGAAAGGCAUAUGUAUUCUUCAGUUCACCUGCAUCGAAAGAAUUGGUGUCUCACAUAAGGUGUGACGCAAGUGUAGUACCUCGCAUAGGUGCUUUGAGUGAGAUGAAUUUGGAAUAUUUUGCAAUUGAUAGUCAGGGUUUUAUUACUGACCACGAGAGGGCUCUAGAGGAAUUAUUUGCCGAAAAUGCAGAAAAUUCUCGCAAAUACAAUGCCUGUUUAAAUACAAUGGCCAUCCGCAUUGCUACAGUAUUUGCAUCUUUGAGGGAAUUUCCUUAUGUGCGGUAUCGUGCUGCAAAGUCAUCUUUAGAUGCUUCUACUAUGACCACACUCUCUGAUUUAGUACCAACAAAGCUUGCUGCUGGAAUUUGGAACUGCCUUGCUAGGUAUAAAACUGCGAUCCCUGAUUUUCCCCAGAGGGAAACUUGUGAAUUACUCAUUGUGGACCGCUCAGUUGACCAGAUUGCUCCUAUCAUCCAUGAGUGGACCUACGAUGCAAUGUGUCAUGAUUUACUAAACAUGGAAGGUAACAAAUAUGUCCAUGAGGUGCUAAGCAAAUCUGGAACAGUUGAAAAGAGGGAAGUUCUUUUGGAGGACCAUGAUCCUAUCUGGCUUGAGCUUCGGCAUGCACACAUAGCAGACGCUAAUGAAAGGUUACAUGAGAAGAUGACCAACUUCCUAUCAAAGAAUAAAGCAGCACAAAUUCACCAUGACUCAAGAGACGGUGCUGAACUAUCAACAAGGGAUUUGCAAAAGGUGGUUCAAGCCUUGCCAAAUUACAGUGAGCAAAUCGACAAGCUCUCUCUCCAUGUAGAGAUUGCAGGAAAAAUUAACAAAAUAAUUAAAGAGUUAGGACUUAGGGAUGUUGGACAACUCGAGCAAGAUCUUGUCUUUGGAGAUGCAGGGACGAAAGAAAUAAUCGAGUUCCUGAGGAAAAAUCAGGAUGUUACACGUGAAAGCAAAUUGCGUUUGUUGAUGAUUUAUGCAUCCAUGUAUCCUGAGAAGUUCGAAGGUGACAAGGGAGAAAAGCUAAUGCAGCUAGCAAAAUUAUCGGAUGACGAUGCUGUUGCUAUAAGUAACAUGAGAUUCUUGGGAGGAACAGACACUAAAAAGGAGGAAUCGGGAGGGGUUUUCUCUCUCAAAUUUGAUGUUCAUAAGAAGAAGCAUGCAGCAAGAAAAGAGCGAAACAAUGAAGGAGAAACAUGGACAUUAUCACGAUUUUACCCGAUGAUUGAGGAGUUGAUUGAGAAACUUGCCAAGGAUGAGUUGCCAAAGAAUGAGUAUCAGUGUAUGAACGAACCAAAUCCUACUUUCCAUGGAACCUUGCAAAGCUCUUCUCUUCGGGCAAGCCCUGUUCAUAGUGCUCACUCUAUGAGAUCAAGACGGACUGCCACAUGGGCCAGGCGUCGUUGUUCUGAUGAUGGUUAUUCAAGUGAUUCGGUGCUAAGACAUGCAUCUAGUGAUUUUAGAAAGAUGGGUCAGCGCAUUUUUAUCUUUAUCAUUGGAGGAGCUACUCGGUCUGAGCUACGUGCAAUUCACAAGCUAACGGAAAAGUUAAAGAGGGAAAUCAUCAUCGGUUCUACUAGCCUUGACGAUCCUCCUCAAUUCAUUACGAAAGUGAAGAUGCUAGGUGUCGAAGAGCUCUCAAUUGGUGACCUUGAGAUUUGACCUGUGAAUGCAUCAUGGAACUCUCUGAACUCUCUGCUGACGAUGCUUUCAGGUCUAUUUCUGUGGCCAACUCUCAUCUUACUUCAAAACCUAUGAUUCUUUUGGUGAUCACGCUGACUGCACAAAUCAGCACCGUGAUUUUUAUGGUGAACGUGCUGUAAUUUCUUUGUAGACAUUCUUGCUAGUGCUUCUUUUUUUUUGAAGAUGUAAUUAGUAACUGAAAUUGUAUAUAUGUCUCAUCACACGGUAACAUUUACGUAAAAAUAUGAAUGGCUUGUGUUCGCCAAUAAGCUGUAAAAGAACUGCAAAAUUUUGUGCUUCCCGCUUGUGGAUUUCGGGGCUUGCUCUU